GUGGAGCAUUUUACGAAAGAAAGAUGGCGGUGCCAAUCCAGGAACCGUCUCAACCAACAUACAGUAUUCCACUGCUGAACAGAUGGCAACUCGACACUCUUUACAUUUAGCCCUUGAUAUGCCACUCAAAAAGUUAACUCCUGUAAUGGCUGAUCCUGUGAAGGCAUCUACGUCAGUUAAAAAUCAAGUGCAGAUUAGAAAUACAGCAGAGGCGGUUGCUGGUAGUUCUGUACCACCUCAAAAGCCAUCUCAACAAGCUUUGUUGGGAUCGUCUGAUUCUCUUGCAAAAUCCAAAUUAGCAGAUGAAAAACCGGUCUUGAAGGGUAAUCUAAUUUCAAACCCUGUAGUAAAAUCUACCACAGCUGCUUCUGGGACGCGAAUUGAUCUUUCUUCAAAUACUGUAUCACAAUUUAAAGUUGCUCAAGUAAAACACUCUGUAGAUACUAAGCCUGCAGUUAGCUCUUUGACAAAGCCCUCCAAUUUGCCUUCUGACCCAAAGAACAAACAUGUUACCCCUUUGGCUGAUAAAGUUCCAUUGAAGCAAGAUGUUAAUCCUCCCAAAGAGUUCAGGGUUUCUGAUCCCAGCUCCACAACGAAAGAGAAGGUACAAGGAAAUGAACCUCCUAAAGUUACUACUGGAAGCCAGGUUGAUAGCAACCUAGAGAAGGGUAGAUUAGAUGAAGGUCAAGAGAAGAGCACGCUUGUUAAAAUUAGUUUUGAUAAGGAAAUUUCAAAAGAUAAAGCAAAUCCAGUAGCGUGUGAAGAGCAAGGAAGUGUUAAGAAGGCUACUGAGAAUAGCAACCUUGACAAGGGGAGUGAAAAUUUAGAUCAAGACAAGAAGAUAAAUUCAAUUAAUGGUAGUUCAAACCACCAAAACAUGAAUGACAAACAUGUAAAUUUGCCAGUAAACGAUGAAUGCAGCCAAAGUGUCAAGGUAGUAAAAACUGGUGGGGAAUCUUGAGAGAUUAGUUUGUGAAAAUGAAUAGUUUUUUUUUUUUUUUUUUUUUUU